GAAGCUUGCGCAGUAUUGAAGAGUCGCAAGGGUCGUAGCUGGGCCGAGAAGUUGGAUCGCUCAAUAUUCAUCCCUUGGCUAUACGAUAACGUUGAGUGGUGAUGGUGAAAACGGAUUCUAGGUGAAAUAACGAAAAGUUUGCACUUUGUGUUACUCGCUCGCGAAAUUUUAUUAUAAAUAAAUUUCCCUUAACUAUUUAACAGAACAUAUAAGCGAACAGUAAUUUUAAAAAACCAUCUUUAUUAAUUUGUAUUUGAAAAAAAAGUUCUAAUCUGAUGGAGAAAACUAUGGACGGCAAAAAGCAGGAGCAAUAUUAUCAACGGCCACCAAAGCUGGGGAAAUGGGAGGGUAUCCGAUUAUUUCUUUGGAAUUCGGAAACAGGACAAUUUAUGGGUCGCACUGGCUCCAGUUGGGCAAAAAUCCUAUUGUUCUACGUUAUAUUCUACGCCGUGCUAAGUGGCUUCUUCGGUGCCAUGCUAGCAGUCUUUUAUCAAACAUUGGAUCCGAAUCAACCUAAGUGGCAAAGAGAAAAAUCGCUUAUUGGUAACAAUCCAGGACUUGGAUUCCGUCCUAUGCCACCUGACAGUAACGUUGAGAGUACGUUAAUCUGGUACAAAGCAACCGACCAAGGCAACUAUGGUCACUGGACAAAAGCGCUAAACAAAUUCCUUGAGGGUUAUGACAAAAGUCUAUCCACUGGAGCAGAUCAAAGAAUAACUUGUGAUUAUGGUAGACCUCCACCACCCGGAAAAGUUUGUGAUGUUGACGUAAAAACAUGGACACCUUGCACAAAAGCCAACAGCUAUAAUUAUCACAAAUCAGCUCCGUGUAUUUUCUUGAAGCUCAAUAAGAUUUUUGGCUGGCUACCAGAAUAUUUUAACGAUACGGAGAAAUUGCCCACUAACAUGCCAGAUGACCUAAAAAUGCACAUUUUAAAUGAAAAAUCUAGAAACCCUAAAUCUGUGGAUACUAUUUGGGUUUCAUGUGAGGGUGAAAAUCCAGCUGAUGUUGAAAACAUUGGACCGAUUCAAUAUAUACCACGAAGAGGCUUCCCUGGCUUUUAUUUCCCAUUCACAAACACAAAAGGAUAUUUGAGUCCACUCGUUGCUGUCUUUUUUGAGAAACCAAAGUAUGGAGUUUUGAUCAACAUUGAGUGCAAAGCUUGGGCGAGAAACAUAUUCCACGACAGAUUUGAAAGACGUGGAUCUGUGCAUUUUGAAUUAAUGGUAGAUUAAGCAAACGUUGAUGUUUCUGCAACAUUAUAUUAACAACAGCUUUGUAAAAAGUUUUUCAUAUAGUUUUUGUGAAACAACUAUGACUUCGGAAUAUUUUUUAACAUGCUUGUUGACCUCACCAUCUACGAUUUUUCUGUUAUUUAUUUGAAAACUUUUUAAACUUCAUUAUUUAUAAGCGAUUAAGUUGAAGAAUAAGU